AUGGCUGGAGGCGAGAAGGCUCGAGCCUGGGCCACGGCCAACCUGCGGCAGGUGCUAGUACAGGAGGAGCAGAGGCUGGAUGAGAUCGAGGGCCAGGCAGACUUCUGGUGCAGCUGCUUUUCUUCCUCAGCCUCGGUCAAUGGUGUCUCGGAUUCCUUGUUGGCGCAGGGGCAGGUGGAGGGCUUGUUGGACGUGGACGUGCGCGAGAACAUCCUCGAAGCAUUCUUCGACUGCACUCCCGAGCGCGUGCGGGAUGUCUUUGCCAGCAUCGACUCAGACAGCAAUGGCCACAUGUUGACCGUGCAGCAUCUCCGCAUCGGUUUGGAACGUUGCGGCGUGGCGGGUCUGGACAAUGGGACUCUGGCUAAGGUCUUCGAGCGCGUGAGCGGGACUGGCAGGACUCUGCACCUUCAGGCUUUCGAGACGAUCCUUUGCCGGCUCAGGCUGGCGAGCCUGCUGGCACGGCCUUGGAGAGCCAACCUUUCCGUGGUGGACUACACGGACACCGCCUCUAAAGCCUCAGACCAGUACAUCGAUGCCAGCAACAUGCGCAGCUUCUUUUUCGGCCAUCGGCCUGGUGCCAGAGGGGGCCAGGAGACUUGGCCGGUGCGGUGGGUGCAUAUGCCUCAGUUCGACCUCCACUUGCUGCUGGCCCUGACGGUGAAAUACAGUUUGCAUCCCCUCAGCGUCGAGGACGUGAUCGAGCAGUGCCCGACCAAGAUCGACCGCCUGGGGGGGAAUUAUUUCUUGGCCAUUGAGCUUUUGACCCUGGUUGACACGGGCCAGGGAUCCAAGGGGCGACAGCCGGUGCGGGUACGUGGCCAACACGUUGCAGCUUUCUGCUCGGGCCCGCCACGGCUGGACACGCUCAUCACCGUGACGCAGACGGAUCGGACGUUCAGCCAAGACUGGCCCGGGGGGCCCGGCGUAGACACGCAGACCUGCCCCACAACUUUUGGCGAGGGAUGGCCGGAGAAGCUUCGACAACGACUGAAGGCGACCCGGUCACGCCUGAGGGAGCGGAGGGCCGACUCCCUCCUCUACACUGUCGUGGACCUGUGUGCAGACGAGCUGGUGACGGUCACCCGUGCUUUCCUGGCUCGCCUGAGCUGGCUGGAGGAGGACCUGCGGACGCGGGGCGACGAGAGUCUGUUGGACCUCGGAGAAGUAAGCCUUGCACAACUACAGCUCGGCAUCGUGACGCGCAGGCUGAGGAGCCUGCAGCGGGUGGUGCGCCGAGCGAGCGAGUAUCACGACCUGCACACGACGGGCUCGGCAGACUACUGGAAGGACUGUGCCGACCACCUGGAGGAGGCCUACGACGAUGCAAUGCAGAUGAAGGAGCGGUGCGACGCGCUGAAGGCGGCGCACGAGCGAGCUGUGGAGCGAGGGCAGGCAUUGGAGAUGCAGUGUCGCAAUGAUGAGGCCGCUGGGCAGGCUGAAAAGCUGAACUCCAUGCUAUUCUUUUUGACAGCGGCGACCACGCUAUUUACUCCGGUCCAGUUCAUGUCCUCAGUGUACGGCAUGAACUUCGUGGACGUGGAGGGCAUCCCAACCAUUCCUGAGCUGCUCCGGCCACAUGGCUACCAUCACUUCUGGAUCGGGGUCACGGCCUACUUUGCCGUGGCCUUUGUCUGCGCCUUCUGGCUGUACCAGCGCCUGCAGCACAAGUCUCGAAAGCAGAUCUGGAAGAAGGUCUCACUCCCUACCUGCUGUUGCUGCUGCCCUCGGUGA